AUAAUGUGUUCAAUUGUAACGUAUCGAGUAGUAAUUUACAACGCGAGAUAAGGUAUGAGUGUCGUGUAAUAACGGUGUGGCGAACAAACAAAGGGAAGCUUUCCUUUAUCCAGAACUUGGCGUCCGUGAGCCAAUCGCGAAUCAACCAUGGACAGUGAAGGUAGCAGAUCUACCGCUAGUGUUAACAAUUGUGAUGAAGAUACUCCUCUUCUGCUGGGAUCGGAUAGUGGUUCCACCUCGGUGGCUAGUGACGCGGGCAAAAAGUUACCAUGCUUUUCGCUAGAACCUGUAGCGGUGGCACUUUGCUUCGGAUGGAGCAUAUCAGGUAUCGUUUUGGCGAAUCAGGUUAUUCAUCAAACGUGCAUGUACAUGGGAUACGAUGCAAGUACUUGUGCACUAUUAGGGAUGAAUUCCAACUCGAGCGAGGCCAAAGAGCUGGAAUCGGUGGUGCAACCGACGGUGGCAAAAAUUACCAUGGCCAGCAGCAUCAUCAUGUCCGUUGUUCCGGCGCUGUGUGGGCUCUUUUUGGGUCCGUGGUCUGACAAGUUUGGAAGGAAACCAGUGAUGAUCAUACCGUGUGUGGGCUACACCGUCACCUACAUCACCAGAGCCAUCCUCUGCCGGAUAGCUGACCGCAUACCGCUGAACCCGUGGCUCUUCGUAGUGGGUGACAUACCGGCGGCCAUCAGCGGUGGCACUACGGUCCUAUGCGCCGGUAUGUUCAGCUACCUGGCCGAUGUGAGCAGCGAGCAGAACCGUGCCAUCCGUAUGGGAAUCCUCCAGGGUUCCACACUGGGAGGUGCCUUCAUCGGAAUGCUGUCCAGUAGUUUUGUGCUCGAGUGGACCAGUGCCGGAACGGUUUUCAUGAUCUCCGCCUGCAUGAUGCUUUUCGGGAUGGGUUAUGUGUUCUUUUUGAUCGAGGAUAGUGUGGAUCGGACGAGGGUGGAUGUAUCUUCGUUGGGGAGUUGGGGCAAGUUCCGGGAGAUUUUCCGCCUCGGAUUGGUGAUGGAUAUAUUCAACACGUUCUGCAAGGCGCGGUCCGGGUAUGAUCGGGGGAUAAUUUGGCUAACUGUGACCAUCGGGGCCUUCUCGGUGCUGGGGUCCGGUGGCAGUAACAUAUUCUACCUGUUUACGAGGAAGAAGUUCAGCUGGACGCUGGAGGAGUACACGAUUUGGCAGUCGGCCGAUCUGGCGUCGAUCAUUGCCGGUAACUUUUUGGGAAUCCUGAUUCUGAAGAAGCUAUUCAAACUGCCGGACAUUGCAAUCGCUUUCGUGUCGGUGCUGUGCUUCUCCGGCGAUAGCUUCAUCAAGGGACUGGCCAGCCACGGGUGGCAGCUGUACCUGGCGACGGGGGUGACACCCCUCAAGGGAACGGAAGGUGCAGCGUUGAUGACGCUCUCGUCCAGCAUACUGCCGUCGCAUGACAUUGCCAAGGUGUACUCGAUGGCCAUGUCGAUGACGGCGAUGGUCCCGCUGGCUGCGGCGCCACUGUUUACCUAUAUCUACAAUCGGACGCUGACGACGGCACCGGAGGCGUUCAACUUUGUGGCGUCGGGCAUCUACGCGGUGAAUGUGCUGUUUGUUGGGAUGAUCCACGUGCUGAUGAAGAAUCGACAAAAUCACCAGAUGCCUCGGCCGGAAGAGGAGCAGACGUCCGAUGAUGAAGUACUAGCGUAGGCUGUUGUUUGGAAGUGUGAUAUUAGACUAGAUUAGGCUAAGCAUAUUAUUUAUUGAGUGACGUUCGGAUAGCUGAAACCAGUGAAAACCCCUGGGAUUUUUAUUUUUUUCCAUAUUCUUUUUUAUGUAUAGAUUUUAUUUUCUUUUUUGUAUUGUUUCACUUACACUUAAAUACAUUUGACAUUACCAUUACUUCUGUUUGUUCUUCUCCGCAUUUUCUUCAUACCAUUCCAGUGAGUGUGAGUGUGAGUGUGUAUGUGUUAAUAGUACUGUUUUUUUUUUUAGAGAUUUUCCUUUUCUGCCUUCGUUUUCUUUAAUAUACCAUUUUCUGUUUAAUAGUGUUUUGUUUUUUUUUUGCGUUUGCAUUACUUGCAAGGUUUUUGCUUUUAUUGAUCAUCUGUUUUACAUUCUAGGUAUAAUA